GUUACAUCUGUCCUUCUACCACAUGCAAAUAUUGUGUGUUAUUUUCCAGUUGCUAAAAGGUUCACGUCCCCUGUGUUAAAUUUAGUUAACCAACUGCUAUUUUCAACUAUGCCUGCACAGAAGAAACCAUUUUCUCGCCUUCCUUCGACUGUUGUACCAGUCAACUACAAUCUUUGGUUAAAACCGUGCCUUAAAAAUUUUGUGUUUGAGGGGAAACAGCAGAUUGAUGUGAAGGUUAAUGAAGCAACAAACAAUAUCGUGCUCAAUUGUUUGGACAUCAAAAUUGCUUCAGCCAGCUUUACAGCAGAAGGAAAGUCUGCAAUAGCUUCUUCGGACAUUUCGUUUCAAGUAGAGAAUGAAAAAGUGGUCAUCCAAUUUCCAAGUGACCUACCCAUAGGCAAUGGUGUGUUAGACAUGAACUUUACUGGAGAACUCAACAACAAAAUGAAAGGAUUCUACAGAAGCAAGUACGUUAGUGGAAAUGGUGAGGAAAAGUUCGCUGCUGUUACUCAGUUUGAAGCAACAGAUGCAAGGAGAUGUUUCCCUUGUUGGGAUGAACCAGCAAUGAAAGCAACAUUUGAUACAACACUGGUAGUGCCUAAAGACCUGGUCGCACUUUCAAACAUGAAUGUAAUUGAUGAAAGUGUGUACAGCGAAGACAACACUUUGAAAGUGAUGAAAUAUGCACAGACACCAAUUAUGUCAACAUAUCUGCUUGCUUUUGUAGUAGGUGAAUUUGAUUAUGUUGAAGACCAAACAAGCAAUGGUGUAAAAGUGAGGGUAUAUACCCCUGUUGGUAAAUCUGCACAGGGUAAAUUUGCGCUCGAAGUAGCAACAAAAGCUCUUCCUUUCUACAAAGAUUAUUUCGGGAUCCCUUACCCACUUGCAAAGAUGGAUUUAAUUGCUAUCGCUGAUUUCUGUGCAGGGGCAAUGGAGAACUGGGGCCUGGUAACUUAUCGUGAAACAGCUCUCUUAAUCGACGAGACGAGUUCCUCCGCUCAUACUCGCCAGUGGGUGGCACUGGUGGUAUCCCAUGAACUUGCUCACCAAUGGUUCGGGAACUUGGUCACAAUGGAAUGGUGGACACACUUGUGGUUGAACGAAGGUUUUGCUUCCUUCAUGGAAUACCUGGCAACAGAUCACUGCCACCCGAAGUUUGAUAUUUGGACCCAGUUUGUGACUCAUGAUCUUGUCAGAGCCAUGGACUUAGACUCUUUGGACAACAGUCAUCCCAUUGAGAUACCUGUAGGUCACCCAGAUGAAGUGGAUGAGAUCUUCGAUGCGAUCUCAUACAGCAAAGGAGCAUCUGUCAUCCGGAUGUUGCACAACUGGAUUGGAGACGAGAGUUUCAGAAAAGGCAUGAAUGUUUACUUAAAGAAACAUGCUUACAAGAACGCAUUUACUGAAGACUUGUGGGCAGCACUCGGAGAUGCAAGCGGUAAACCAGUACAGCAGGUUAUGACAACCUGGACCAAACAAAUGGGUUACCCUGUCUUGAAUGUUGAAGUUAAAGAAAGAACCGACAACAGCAUCACUUUAUCGCUCUCACAGAGCAAGUUUAGAGCCAACAGCAUGUCAGCCAACACUGAUGACAGUGCCUCCUUGUGGUCGAUCCCGGUAUCUUUUUCCACAUCCUCCUCCCCCAAAGAGCCGGUGAAGAGCAUUCUGUUUGACUCUCAAACCACUGAAGUGAAGAUCGAUGGCGUAGCAAGAGACGCUUGGGUGAAGCUGAACCCGGGAACCUACGGUUUCUAUCGUGUCCGGUACAGUUCCGAUCUCCUUACUGCACUCCUACCAGCAGUGCGUGAUCGUACUUUACCAGCACGAGAUAGGCUUGGUCUUCAAAAUGAUCUUUUUGCCCUGGCAUCUUCAGGUGUAGCGCCUACCACCGACUUCCUAAAGGCGCUUGCCGCUUACGAGAAUGAGACCGACUUCACUGUAUGGAGUGACGUGGAUGGCAAGAUAGGCACACUGUUUUCAUUGCUGUGGAACAACGACGAAGCUCAUGGCAACUUUAAGAAGUUCACACUUAAACUUAUGAAGCGUACAGCUGAUAACAUGGGUUGGGAAGCAAAGGACGGUGAAGGUCACUUGGAAAGCUUACUACGAAGCCUUGUUAUACGACGUAUGGGCGAAUGCGGAUGUACAAACACUAUCACUGAAUCUGCUAAACGACUUUCAAGCCACCUGGACAAAUCGUGUUGCCUUCACGCCGAUCUACGCGCUCCUGUGUACGGCAACGUUCUUUCCCAUGGUGGUAAAAAAGACCUGGAAACACUGUUAACGCUCCACAAAGAAACCGAUCUCCACGAGGAACGAAACCGCAUCGAACGUUGUCUUGGUUCAGCCAAGGACCCGACUCUUAUUAAAGAAGUUUUAGACUUCGCUAUGUCGGACCGAGUGCGUUCAAACGAUCGUAUCUUCGUUAUCGGUUCGGUUGCUACUAAACACAAGGUGGGCCGAGAUCUUGCAUGGAAAUACACUAAAGAUAACUGGGACACACUACAUGAAAUGUACAAGGGGAUGUUUCUAAUCUCACGCCUGGUUAAGAACACGACAGAGAACUUUGGAACCGAGGAAAUGGCCAAAGACGUUGAAGACUUCUUUGAGAAAAAUCCUGCUAUGGCUGCAGAACGCACGGUCCAACAAUCUAUUGAGCAAAUCCGGCAGAAGUCUGACUGGUGGAAACGUGACGGCGAAGCAAUUUGCGCUUGGCUUAAAGAAAAUACCGCCUAAAUCCGGUUCUGGUCGGUUUUAUGUCGUAGGGUAUUGGCGAAUUGUGCAGGUUUAAUUAUAGAACUGUUUCUGAUGAUUUUUAAAUUAUUCGCAGAAGUUCAUUUACGUUAAAUUAGUUCAGCUCCGAUUUUCCAUUCCAAUUUAUAGAUGUGUUAUAUUGCUUGCCCGAUUCGUCAUGUUAAGUUUUGGUGUUGAACCAGAUACAAACGAAGACCAAUAUGAAAAA